CUUUGUUCCGUUUGUUCUGCGGGCUCCUCGGACUGUCGUACAAGACUUGUGUCUGCAAUUUCAGGGACAAAAAGGAGCUGAAGAUGGUAAAAGAAAUAAAGAAUGAAAGGCGAGAAGGAGAACUGUCGGUGUAAAGGAGCCUCCUUUCCAAUUCCCUUGCCUUGCAGCAAGGUGUCUAAUGGCCUCCAGGACUGGGCUGUCCAUGUGAGAAGGGAAUUUUAGAAGAGAAGAGCAGAAACUUGAGGGAGAAAGAAGACUUUAACACAGCGCAAUGGCCUGCACCGACGAGGAUUACCUGGACGAACGACUAGCACACAUUAAACAAGAUGAUUGUCAGUGGGGUGCACCAGAGGAUCUGCGUAUAAAGCUGGAAGAUUGCGAUGGAGGAAUUUCAACUUUGAAGGAAGAGGAGUCUGAGGAGGAAAUCGAUCAGGUUAAAGUGGAGGAUUCAGAAGAGUUCUCAGAUGACCCUGAAGUGCAAAAGUUUGAAUGUGAGAAUAUUGUCAAGCAAGAUGUUUGUGAAGAGCCUCGUUCCAGUUUACAGCCCUGGAUCAAUAAUAUGGGACAACUGACCAUCCAGCAGAAUUCUAUGGACCUGAAAUCUGAGUUAUCUGAGUUUGAAGUAAAAAUUAAUGAAAGAAAUGGGAGAGAAGAACAAGAAGAAGAGCAGCUGUCAUCUAAUUUUCAGGAGAACAGCAGCUUCUCCCCAUCUUCGUUUGCUGAGACGUCUCUUCAUUGCAGACUGCAAGUCAAAGAGGACGAGGAGAAGAUGGCGAUAUCAACAAGAGGAUCAGAGAAUUUGACUGCAGCUUCUUUACAGUGCAGUUCUCUUCUUGUGAGAGAAGCCAUUGAUACUGACCAACAACAAGGACAUUGCACAGAUCAAGAGGCUGUGUGUGCUGGCCUAGAGUGUGGACAUCCUUUUAAAAACAAGUCUGACUGUGAAGAUCUCAAGUCGAUUCAACCAAGACCAAAGCCCUAUUGCUGUUGUGAAUGUGGCAAAACAUUCCUCCAUAAAAGCAGGCUUGAGGCACACAUAAGAGUUCACACUGGAGAAAAACCUCAUUGCUGCUCUGAAUGUGGCAAACAAUUCACUGUCAGUAGCAAUCUUCAGCAGCACACCAGAAGUCAUACUGGAGAGAGACCUUAUGGCUGUUCUGAAUGUGGCAAACAGUUUCCACAAAGAAGUCAUCUUCAGAGCCACAAAAGAAUUCACUCCGGUGAGAAGCCAUAUGUCUGUUCCGAAUGUGGCAAACACUUUUUGUUAAGUACUAAUCUUCAGAGGCAUGAAAGAAUUCAUACUGGAGAGAAGCCAUAUGUCUGUUCCGAGUGUGGCACACGGUUCACUGACGGUAGCUCUCUUCGUCAGCACACACGAAUUCACACUGGAGAGAAGCCAUAUGGCUGUCCUGAUUGUGGUAAACGAUUCUCCCAAAGUAGCAGUCUUCAGAAACACAUAAGAAGUCACACUGUUUUGCCGUUGUGAAUGUGGCAGAAUUUUUUUCCCUAUAUCAGCAGCCUUCACAAUUCUUAUUUCUGUUCUAAAUGUGGUAAGGGAUUCUUGUGUUUAAGUAAUUUCAGUGGGCUCUGUGGUAGAAAUCAACAUAUAUUCAUUAAAGAAAUGUAUCCUGUACCAGGACAAGUUUGAUAAAAACUUUUUUGAGUCAGUAAUCAGGCAGAAGUAAGCUUGUCCGUCUGUGUCAUUUCUUUACUCUUGCAGCACCAUGCUGAAGAGGGAAUAUCCAUCACAGCAGUCUGUUCCAGAAUGAUCCAAAUAUUAAGGGUUUAGGUGUGUUUUAUAAGUAAGUGAAUUUACAU